AUGGCCAUAGUCAAUGUCCAUCAGAAAAGAAUCGCAGUCGGAAGAGGAGUUGUCGGAAAAGUUAUUCUGCGCAGUCAGAAUCUGUCAAAUAGAGAUGAGCUCCGCCACCUACGUGAACACGACGUUGUCUGCCAAAUUCAGUCGGGAUCUCUAAAGGCUUGUGUUAUGGACGUGUCUCCCGAUGGGACUAAGUAUUGGAAUCCUUCGUGUGAUGAGGCUAUUAGGCAUUUUGAGGGUCAGGUUUUCCCUUCUCUUGGUCAUGGUAUUGCUUUUUAUAGGCAUUAUGCGUCUGUUGUUGGGUUUGACAUACGCCAUAGUUCGGUGCGUAAGGAUAGGGACGGUGUUGUCGUAAAAAAUCUGUUGGUUUGUUCCCGUGAGGGGUUCAAGCAGUCUGCUGAUGUUUUGGGUGUUGGGAAUGCUGACUCUGAUGAAGCGCGUUUGGCUCAAAAGGGCCGUCGUGUUUCUAAUAGGGUGGGCUGCAAAGCGAAGUUGUUACUCAAGAGUGUUGACAAUGGUUUUUUUGUUGUUCAUUUCAUUGAACUCCGUCAUAAUCAUUGUUUGUGCUCGGAUGUUGCUAAGCCUUUUCUAAGGGGUAACCGUAUGAUGAGUUUUCAACAAGUUUUUGUUAUUAAUUGUGCAAGGGCAAACAUUGGGCCUAAUAGGUCGUUUCGGUUGUCUAGGGAGUUUGUUGGGUUAUAUUCUAAUAUUAGUGCAACAUGUGUUGACUUUAAAAAUUUUAAGCUUGAUUUGAUGGCAUAUAUUGGUAAUUCUGAUGCUAAUGUUGUUGUGAACAAGUAUGUUAAGAAGGUUGGUGCUUGCCCGGACUAUUUCUUUCAAUAUGAUUUGAAUUCUGAGGAUCAGUUACGAAGGUUGUUUUUGGUUGACCCUGUUGCGAAGCAAAAUUUUACAGCUUUUGGUGAUAUAGUGUCGUUUGAUGCGACAUAUGAGACAAAUAGGGAACUUCAUGCUCAUAUACCAAGGGAGCAUGUUGGUAAGUACUAUAAGCUUUUCAAAGAAUGA